AUACUUGGUGGGGUAACUUGCGGCUGCUUCUCGGACUACAAUUACCGUCAGUCACCGGGGUAGCCGUUUUAGCGACAAGAGAAGACGGCAGGCUUUAUAAGAUCUAACAAGCAGGCAACGCCUAGCCGGGGAAUAUUUCGUUUCUAUACCGUUCUCGUCCUAAUAUCGCAUGUCCACUAUUCAGAACCUCCAAUCUUUCGACCCCUUUGCUGAUGCAACUAAGGGUGACGACUUACUCCCGGCAGGGACUGAAGAUUAUAUUCACAUAAGAAUUCAACAGCGAAACGGCCGAAAGACGCUUACUACAGUCCAAGGGAUUGCAGAUGACUAUGACAAAAAGAAACUUGUAAAAGCAUUUAAAAAGAAAUUUGCUUGUAAUGGUACUGUGAUUGAACACCCUGAAUACGGUGAAGUUAUUCAACUUCAAGGUGACCAAAGAAAGAACAUUUGUCAGUUUCUGCUUGAGGUUGGCAUUGUCAAAGAGGAGCAACUGAAAGUUCAUGGAUUUUAAAACAAUGAAGGAAGGUUUAUGGAGACUUCAUACUCUAAGGACUGAUCUGUUUGGUAUAUUCUGAACAAAAAGAAGUUUAGCAACACAUCUUGUUGUUCAAAAGUAGUCUGGGAACACAUGUAAAUGUAUUGUGAUUGGAUGAAAUUGAAUUAUUCAGUGAGGUAAGGGGUUAGUAGAGCAAGUUCAGGUACCAAUCAUGUGAAAAUAGUACCUUUGUGUCUUAAGUGCAGAGAGUGCAGAUUGUUAGCUGGUUAACAAGGAUAAUUAUAUUCACAGAAUUGGAAACAUUCUUAUUGACCCAAAAACCAUGUUUACACCAGGGUUGAAUUGGAUUAUAACUUGCAUUACUGCUUUUAAGAAGAGGAGCAGGUAGGUUGACACAUUUCCUUAACUAUUAGGAUUGCUUGUUCUCAGCAAUCCUAGAGGAUGGACAAUUCUGUACUAAGAAUUUCAUAUGUUUUUUUUCUUGGUGUCAUUGGUGAACUCCUGUCUGAACUUGAAUAUUUUAAAAUUCAAUCAUAGUGACUGUUAAGACCGAAUGGUCACAUUGGAACAUUGUUACAUUUCAUGUCACCUCACUGCAUCUAUAUACACAAUUGCAAUGGUAAGCAGUUCUGAAACCUGAUAAAUAGAAAAGACAAAUCCACAGAGAUUUUUAUGUAAUUACUGGCAAACUUCACUUUUAAUUAAUGAAGCUAAAUAUGCGUCAUUGGUUACAUGCAGCAAUAAGUUGCACAUUUGAUUUAAGCUGGUAGCAAAUAAACAGGUGUUGCUAAACUUGCUUUUUUCACAUUCUUUUAAUUUAUCCUUAAUAUUUGCAGUGAUAGGACUCAUGUGAAAUUAUGAUUUUGUUCCCAGUUGCAUGAUUACAAAAAAAAUUAAUUUUUGAUUAUUUUCCCAGCCUAAAAUAAGAUGGUGACAUAAGAAAUACAUUUUAGCUCGUUUCCAGUGGAAAUGUUUUUAGUUAAGAGUGUUAUUUUUCACCCAGUCCAACCUAACUUUUAAUGUAUUAAUGUGUUCUAUAAGCAACAUUACCAAUAAAAACAGGUGAGGAUUCUGGGUUGCAUUUUUACUGUGUUAUGUUGCAGACAGAUUUGUUUUAUGAAUUUGCUCAUACCUUCACUUGAAUCUGAAAGAUGUUUCUUUGCUGAAUUGCAAUCCUUACUACUUUUUUCUUCUUUGCAAUUAAGAAUAUAUUAAUAUGCAUGUUUUAAUUAAUUGCUUAUUAAUCAUAAAAUUUCUAUACCGGUACAAUGCUAGUCAUGCAUGAAACCUUUUUCAAUUCCUAUAAAAUUUAGUCAGCAGUCAAAAUACUUGCCACAUUAAAUGUCUUUGACCUUGGAGCAGCAAAUGUUGUAGACUGCUUUGGCAUUCACAAUAGUCACUUUAUAUUUAUUUUCUUUUUUUGUUUUGUGCUGAUCUUUCAUGAGUGAUUCUUAUUUUCUUAGAUUUUAUCCUUCUGAUGUCAAAGCAUAAACCUUACUUUAAGCAUUAAGAAAAUAUAAUUGACACUUUAAAUUCUUCUAACCCAAAAAAGCUUUUUGUAUUUUGAGUUUUUAACAGUGUUCUGUUCCUAGUUGGGGCUUAAACUUUGUGAAAAUUAUACCAUCUCCUUAUUUUUCUUGCAUUUUCUCUGGUACUCUGGUUUCUUUCCACACCUUAAAGAUAUGUCUAUUAGGAUAACCAGGAAUUUAACUGGCCUCUUAGGGUAUGUGGUGUAAUGUAAUGGUCAGUCUGUUUAAGGUUAGUUCCUGUGUUCUGUUGCUAAUAAUCUUAGCAGUGACAGAUACUACAACCCCUUGACCCUUUUCAGCAUUUUUCUUAUGGUAUAUGCAUGUGGUAGUCUAAUUAUUUAGCUUGGUUACAUCAUUUUGCUCUUCUGAAUAAGAGCAUUUUUAAACCCUUCCCAUUAUUUUAAUUUAGAGCAUGAUUAUUAAUCCUGUCUUAGCCUUGCUAGGUAAAAUGCAAUUUUAUUUUUGUAGUUGCUAGUUUGAGAAUUAUGUUUCAACUCAUUUCCUUAACAGUCGUCUGUUUCAUUAUUGUUCAUAGUUGAUCUUUACAGUAUAUUUGUUUGUUAUCUGUUCCACUCUAAAAAAUGUUAUUAACUUUAAUGAUUUUGGGUCUUAAUGAAUGUGUAUAUAGCAUUCAAAAUAGCAACUUCCUUAAGUCUGCACUGCACUAAAAAUCUAUGGAUAUUGUAUUUUCUGGUGCUUUCUGUCAGGGUGGGUUUUUAGGAAGAGUCAUACCAAGGGAAGAGGGUUCCCUUUGUUUUGGGUUUCUUUGUCUAAGAUAUGAAAAGGUUCUUACUGUUUUAUGUGGAAACUGCAUAAACUUGAAAGGAGAAUACAUGAAGUGCUACCCAAUAAAUAUGGUAAUGAUA